AUGGCCAACACCCAAACAUUAAGGGAGCUAACUGCCCCGGAACUGACUCACCAGCCCUUAUGCAUCACAUUCCCCACUUUGGCUAAGAAUACUGCUUUCGAAUUGAAGUUGGGGUUGAUUCACCUCUUACCUUCUUUCCAUGAUCUCUCUGGUGAAAAACCCCACAAACACGUUACGGAGUUCGAGGUGGUUUGCUCUAGUAUAAAAUCUCCUGGGGUCACUGAAGAGCAAAUUAGACUGAGAGCCUUUUCGUUCUCUCUCAAGGAUGCAGCUAAAGAUUGGCUGUACUACCUACCAGCAGGUAGUAUUACCACAUGGGCACAGUUGAAAAAGAAGUUUUUGGAAAAAUUUUUCCCUGCAUCCCGGGUUGCAAGUCUAAGAAAAGAGAUAUGCAGUAUUAAACAGUAUCCUGAAGAAUCUCUAUAUGAUUACUGGGAAAGGUUCAAUAAGUUGUGCACUAGAUGCCCACAACAUCAAAUUAGUGAACAACUAUUGAUCCAAUAUUUCUAUGAGGGACUCCAGUCGUCCGACAGGGGUAUCAUUGAUGCUGCAAGUGGGGGAGCAUUAGCGAACAAGACACCAAGGGAAGCAUGGCUACUCAUUGAAUCGAUGGCAGAGAAUUCUCAACAGUUUGGCUUCUGUGAGAGUAACCCUACCCGUAGGGUCAACGAGGUAGAGACGUCGUCCAUUCAGCAGCAGAUAUCGGAGCUGACAUCUUUUGUACGACAAUUAGCUGUGGGAAACAUGCAUCAAGCAAAGGCCUGUGGAAUUUGCACAAAUGUGGGCCAUCUCACUGACUCGUGCCCUUUGCUGCAAGAGGAUGUGGCUGAACCAGUGAACAUGGCUGGAGGUGUGUCCGCGCCUCGAAGACCGUACGACCCAUACUCCAACACGUACAAUCCGGGUUGGAGAGAUCACCCCAAUUUCAGCUAUGGGAAUAGGCCACAGAAUUCAUUCUCCAAUCGUCCACCAGGAUUCCAACAACCGUGGCAACAAAAGUCUCAACCCUCGUCCUCUAGCUCAGAAAGUUCUUUGGAGGAAAUUGUCAAGAGUUUGGCCAUGACCACUGCUCAACUCCAGCAAGAGACUAGAUCCUUGGUCGCGAGCGCUACUCAGUUCCAACAGGACACCAAAGCAGGCAUGAAAGACAUGGAGAUUCGAAUAAAUCAAAUGGCAACUGCCAUUAAUCUCCUGGAGUCCCACGUUUAUGGGAAACUGCCAUCACAACCCGAGACAAAUCCCAAGAAUGUAAGCGCCCUGACAUUAAGAAGUGGCAAAGAGGUGGAGGGACCUAAGUUGGUAAAUUUGAAAAGCAAAAGUGAGGAGGAGAUAUAA